AUGAGUUUGGGUUUAGUGAGGACAUCUGAGUAGAUCAUGGAUGGUUCUAACACCAGAGCUGAAGCUCCUUCGAUGGAGCCCAGUGCCAAGCUCUUCUGCUGUCGUUGUGUGAGGCGUUGCCUCCCUCUGGCUUACCGAGAGGAGCUCUACCACUUCCUGAGGAUGAGUGGGCCCCUGCUUGUGUGCCGGUUCUUGAGUUUCCUUCUUUUCUUUGUGGCCACAAUGUUUUAUGGCCGUUUGGGGAACACUGUACUAGCAGGCUAUGGCAUGGCUUCAGCUACAAUAAAUAUAACUUCUGCAGCAACUGGAUUAGGGCUAACUUUGGCCUGUGAUACACUGGUUUCACAGACAUUUGGCAGUAAGAACCUGCUACGUGUCGGAGUAAUCCUGCAAAGGGGCAUUUUGAUAUUGCUGCUCUUCUGUCUUCCCUGCUGGGCUUUGCUUAUUAACACUCAGUCCCUUCUGCUGCUGGUGGGACAAGACCCUGACGUAGCCAGGGUAGCCCAGAUUUAUGUUGUGGCAUGCCUUCCUGCUAUUCCAGCUAUGUUUCUGCAGCAGCUGCAAGUGUCUUACCUCCAAAACCAGGGUGUGAUUAUACCUCAAAUCUAUGCAUCUGUGGUGACCAAUGUUGUGAAUGUGCUUAUUCAUUACAUUUUGCUAUUUUGGUGGGAUCUUGGAGUACAUGGAUCUGCAGCAGCCAAUUGCUUUGCUCAGAUUUUUUCCUGUUUCAGUUUGUUUGCUUACAUUCGCUUAAAGAAACUCCAUGUGAAGACGUGGGGAGGCUGGUCCUCAGAGUCAUUGCAGGAGUGGGGCACUUACAUGAAGUUGGCUAUUCCUAGUACACUAAUGUUAUGCUUUGAAUGGUGGAUCUAUGAAAUUGGAGGAUUCUUAGCAGGAAUGCUGGGAGAAAUUGACUUGGCUGCUCAACACGUGGUUAUAAUGGUGGCUUAUAUAAACUACAUGAUCCCAGCUGGUUUUCAAGGUGCAGCUUGUGUGCGUGUGGGUAAUGCACUAGGAGCUGGAGAUACAGCUGGAGCUAUCCUCACUAGCAAAGUUUCUUUCAUCUGUGCAGCUGUACUGGGAGUCAUUCAGUGUGCGGUACUUGGUGCCACAAAAAACGUCAUUGGAUUUUUGUUCACCUCAGAUGAGACCAUAGCAGAGUUAGUUUCUGAACUUAUGAGCAUCUACAGCCCUCUCCAAUUCUUUACUGGACUGUUGUGUGUUGGCAUGGGCAUAGUCCUGGGCACCGGGCAGCAGAAGAUUGCAGCCAUCGCUAAUCUAAUUGGAUAUUACUGUAUUGGACUUCCACUAAGCAUCGCUCUGACCUUCCCAGCAAAGUUGCAAGUUGCUGGAUUUUGGUGGGGCCUUUUUACUGCUGUCUUCUUGCUAUCAAUCUUUUACAUUGCCAUCAUCUUCAAAUUAAACUGGAAGAAGAUAACAAAAGAGGCUAUUGAGCGUGCUGGAAUAAGGAAGCGCAGAAGCAUAACAUGCCCUGAUUUUAGAUCCAGCCGCCGGCUCUCCGAUAGCUUUUUUCUUGCACUCAGUAGUGUAGAGAUUCAGAAUGGUUAUACAACUGUGAACUCUCAAGACGUGGAUGAGGAAGGGAGCACUUCAGUGGCUCUGGAGAGAUUGAGAGAGACUCAGGAAGGAGGAACGAGAAAAGAAAAUCAACUCUCAAUCUCACAGAAGAGAUUGAGUGAGACUCAGGAAGGAGGAAUGAGCCAACAAAAUCAACUCUCCACCUCUCAGCUCAUCAUCAGGAGAGGACUGACUGCUAUGAUUGCUGUCUUUAUCCUCAGUGUAGGGGUGACUGUCCAUUUCAUCCUGCCUCUGCCUGAGGUGGUUGCCGUCACCAAUAACACUUUGGAGUUAGAAAAUUCCACUUUAUCUUCUCCCAUCACUACACAAAUAUUUUCUUUUUGA